GGUUUUCUGAAAUUUUUGUUCAGAUGAGUCAACAAGGACGAGGAAGAGGAAGAGACACGGAGAAGACUAAUAAAUUAACAUCUAAAGCAUUGCAAUUGCUGAGUACGGAUAUUGCAAAAUAUCGCACAUCCCACUCUCAGCAAUUGCAACGAAGAGACGUAAAAAACAUACAAGGACAUACGACACGAAACAUGACUGUUACAACAACUACACAAAGACAGACAGCACCAUUACAAUAUUCACAAUCUCCAGUAUCAUCAUCCCUGCAUGCUUCAUCAUCAUCAUUCUCACGUGCACAAUCAUAUGAACACAUGCCCUCUCCAUCAGUACAACAUAGAAACAUUUCAUCACGCUCUUCUUCAUCAGUCGCUCAAUCAUUUGUACGAAACAUUCCUCUAACAUCAAAAUCAUCACCACAACGCAAACAAACAUCAUCACUCUCUUCUUCGACCGCCCAAUCAUUAGCACGAAACAUUCUUCCACUAUCAAAAUCCCCAUCACAGCUGAAACAAACAUCAUCACGCUCUCUUUCACCAGCCAUAAAAUCAUUCACACAAAACAUUCAUCCACCAUCAAAACCAUUAUCACAAUAUAAACAAACAUUAUUACGACCAUCUCCAUCACCAUCUUCAUCAACUGUACAACGCAAUUUACGCCUAUUACCAGUCAGAGAAAAUAGCCAAGAACAUAAAGAAGAAGGGACACCAGAUGAAAGAAUAUCCCACGAUAUAGUGCGGUCUUUAAAAAUGAUCAUGACGCAACUACGUCGUAUGGAAGAGCGACAAAUUUCCAUCGAAAAGAAAACUGAUGAAAAUACAACGGCCAUUAAACGGUUAAUGCGAGAGUCUGCAGUAAAGAGACCAAUAAAGCCACAGGGAAUUUCCUUUAAAACCGUCGACGAUUUCUUGGCCUUCGAAGAAGUUGACGAAGAAAUUUACAAUGACUUGGUGGGGUACUUUAUUUAUCUUGGACGGACCAAUCCAGUUGAUUGCGCUGCAGAAUAUUUUCGCAGCAUAUUUCCCGAAGAUGAGGAGAUUUCGUCAUGUUUAACUUUAAACGGAAGAACUGGACCAGGGGGAUGCAAAUUGCGAGACAGUCGUUUCGCUCAAGCAUGUCAAGAUGCUAUAAACGCCAAUAAAUAUUUUCCAAAUCCCAAUAACAUGGAAUUCUAUGAAGCUUUGGAGAAAGCUCUGAAAAGUCUCAAAACUAGAAAAUGGCGUUAUAAUAGAAAACGACGACAAGUCCCUCUUGAUGAAGAAAAUGAAGAAGUCCCACCAAAUCGACAUCGGCGAAUAGACAAUGCGGAAGUGGACAUAGAGUUCGAAGACAUUCAGAAGGAAGCUGAGGACGCCAGGAACGGACCAGAAAAAACCCAGCAUCAAGAUUGGCACACGGAGGAAAUUGAAAACGCCGAUGUCGUUCCAAAAAUAAAUAGCGUUUUUGUUGAUGGAAAAUAUAAUCCAGGUUUAAAACUUUCAGCUAGAUUACUUGAAAUUAUGACGACACGUUUACAGCAAGUUUGCCGCAAGCCUCAUCAGCAUUUGCAGCAAAUUGUAAAUAGGCGAUUUGAAAAGUUUCAAGUUACACAAAAUCUUGUAAAUAUAACUGAAGAAGUAGUGCGUUCCAGUAAACCGUGGGUUAGUCCUGUAGUUUUUGAUAUCCCGCUAGAUAGUCAUCAGUUUCAGAUCUUAGACACAGGAAAAUUUCGUAUAUCGGUGAAAAAUCAAGAUAAUACGGUAAUAUUAAAGAAUUCGAAAGUUUGUCUUGUUCAAAAUAUUAUUCUCUCGCGUGAGCAUUAUCAGUUGGCAGUUAAAGAAUUUCGCAGAGUUGAAGAUUUUUUUGAUGUUGGUUUGCCAUCGUCUUCAGUAGGUGUCUUUCGAUGUUCUUCAUUAUCUGAUGAAGUUAUUAUAAUAAAUCUUAAUGAAGUACAGAAUAAAUGUUUUCGCAUGCCUUAUUGGCAUACUGAAGGGCAUAGGGAUCCUAUUGUUAAUGUCUGGGUAGUUGCAGUUAUUCUACAUACCAGAAAUUAA